AAGAAACGUAAAAGUUACCUCCCGCCUUCAUUGGAAAUUUUAAACAAAGAGACAGACAAGAAUUCAAGAUUUAGUGAUUUGAGAGACUUAGCAUUAUUCAUCCUUGAAGCAAAUGGGUUUCCGUCUCCAACGAUCGCCAAAGUUAACAAUAGACAUCUUAUUGGACGUGUUGUGUUUCUGAUAAUACCUGGUCUAGAACUUGCGGAUUUUGGUAUACCUGAAGACACAGAAAAGAUUACAAGUUGUGAAUUAACCACAAUCCCAGAACAAUUGACGUUUUUCAAGCAGCAUUUUGACAAAUUUUUGAUGGUGAAUUCUCCUGGUGAUAGAAACUCUCUAUAUCCUUUGAUCAAAGCUUUCACCUCCGUACCAUAUACUAAAAAACAAAAGAAUAAAAAAGUGAAGGAAUUGGAAUCCAAAACAUUAGUACUUCCAGACCUUCUUAUGACCCACCAAGAUUUUUUAGAAAAUGAUUAUCCUGUCCAUCCAUUGGUACUCAAUGUCCCACAAGAUCAAAUAAAACCAAUUACAGAAGGGUGGGUGGAUACAACUCCAUUUGAGCAUGAAGGUUCACAUACAUUUUCUCUCGAUUGUGAAAUGUGCCAGACUGCUACUGGUAAAGUGUUGACAAGAAUUUCCUUGAUAAACUUUGAUGAAGAAACCUUAUUGGAUGAAUUUGUUAAGCCAGAAGAUGAAAUUGUUGAUUACCUUACACAAUAUAGUGGUAUUACAGAAGAAUUAUUAAAGAAUGUCACAACUUCUUUAAAAGAUAUUCAAGAUAAAAUUUGCAAAAUUAUCAGUGCUGACGAUAUUUUAAUUGGGCACUCUAUAGAAAAUGAUCUAAAUGUGUUGAAAAUACGUCAUCCUCGUAUCAUAGAUACUUCCUUGAUAUUUGAGCAUCCAAGAGGGCCACCAUUCAAAUCCUCAUUGAAGUAUUUGGCUAAACAAUACUUGGAUAAAACAAUUCAAAACGGCUCGCAUGACUCUGUUGAAGAUGCAAAAACCUGCUUGGACUUGGUAAAAUUGAAAUUAGUGAAUAAUGCAUUGUUAGGAAAAGUUAUAGACGGGGAAUCGUUGUUCAAAAUCUUGGGUGAUUCUGGAAGGAAGGCUGUUGUAUUGGACAACUUGAAAAUUCAAAAUGAUCACAAAAAAUAUCUUGCAUGUUCCAAUGACGAUGAGGUUGUGGAUUCUAUUUUAGAAAAAGCAGCUGAUACAGAUUUGAUAGUGGCAAAGUUCAAAGAUCUUGAAUCAUCAUUAGGUUGGGAUAAAAUUCCCUCUACACAGGAACUUGAAGAAAACCAAUCAACAUAUACCGAUAAAACACAGGCUUUUGAAGACCUCAAUAACAGACUAGAAAAGAUUUAUAAAGGGAUACCAGGGAAUACAGCUAUUAUUUUAACAUCAGGA